AUGACUGGAGUACAAGCAUUCGUGCUCAUCACACAAAUGAAUCUCAUUACAUCUUCUGUACUGCUGAUCGGUUUUGGCAAAAGUUUUACGACCGGCCGCCUGACUGACAUCAACUUACUCUUGGGACUCUGCCGAAACCUCAAGUUUUACCGAACUUGUUGGGAAGACAGAAAUUGGGAGUUCCAGUUUCAAGGAUAUAAGGCUUCAUGCAUGGCGGGUGACGAUCCUCUACCCAUAUUU